AUGGCAUCGGCAUCCGUCACGUCGGGCGCCUCGCCGCUCUCCGGCUUCGAGUUCGACUUUCCCGCCCAUCCCGACUCCACCGGCGAUCCUGAUGAGGCCUUCUGGACCGCCAUCAGCAACCCGAGCUCCGGGUCGCUGGGCCCGUUCCUAUCGAGUCCGGCCAGCCAUAGCCUGGGGAGUUCGUGGGCAGUGGUGGGAAACAGGCACAUCACCGAGCUCGAGCUGUCGCCCGCUGCGCUGCCUUCGCCCCUGAACCCCGACUUCGACCAGCAGAGCCGCUAUUCGGGCGCGUCGUUCGUCGAGCAGGGCGGGAAUGCCGCGCUUGAUCCUCCCGUGCCGGCCGACAUGAGCUUCCUUAACCAGGGGCUGGCGCAGGACGGGCUGGACUUGAUGCCUCCGGGCGCGUUCGCGUUCCAGGACCAGUUUGACUCCGAGGAGCUCGACCCCGUGUUCAACCCCUUCUCCUCCACGAGCAUUCUCGAGGAACAACAACCGUCGGAGCCAGCGGAGGGAGUCAGCUUCGAGAAUCCGCAGCCUACUCAGCCCGGCACUGGUGCAGCGCCAUGGGGGCCCAUCAACCCGCGAAACAGCAACGCUGACCCCAGCCAAACCAUGCCCCCGCCCAUCAGCGAGUCGUCCCCCAUCUUCGUCUUUGAGGAUCCCGCAUUCGUCUCGCCGUCUCCGCCGCGGCAGUACUCGCCCUCGCUCCACUCCGCCUCCGUCAGCCCGCCCGCCGUCCCCAGCCCCCGCUCGCCCAUUCAAAUCAAGCUCGAGUCUGGCGUGCCUGAGCCCAGCAGAUCCCCCGUGACGGCGGCGCCGUCGGCUUCAGCAUCCUCAUCGUCCAAAGCGAUCCCCAUCCGCAAAGUCAACUCAUCCAACCGCGUUCAGAAACGCAAGACGACCGCACCAGCCGUCACGUCCGCCCCUAACAUCUCGCCUUCCGCCUCCAUAGGCAGCACCACCGCCAGCAAAUUCCUCAUCGUCACGCCGCGCUCCAUCGACCUCGCCUCGAAGCAACUCCAACGGCAGCAACAACAGCAACAACAACGAUCCUCCUCCUCUUCCUCCUCUUCUUCCUCCGCCUCCAGCACCGGCAGCACGACCUCGGCCCUGCCCAACCCCGCCGCGCUAUUCGAGUGCUUCGACGCGCUCGCGCGCGGGCCGUCGCAGCGGGGCCGCAAGGGCCCGCUGGCCACCGACACGAAGCAGUCGGCGCUGCAGGUGCGCCGCAUGGGCGCCUGCUUCAGCUGCCACGCGCGCAAGGUGCGCUGCGACUGCGAGCGGCCCUGCCGCAGCUGCGUGCGCCUGGCGACGCAGGUGCCGCAGGUCGUGUGCUGGCAGUUCGCCGACUUCACCGGCGUGCUGUUCCCCGAGUUCGUGCGCGGCCACCUGCGCCGCGAGGAGGUUGUCCGGUUUGUUGAGGCGAAUGUCGAGUCCUUUACCGUCGCCGGCGUCGAGGUGCCCUGCACCGUGCGCUUGGUCUCCGGCGUCGGGUUUACCAAGGCCGUGCUGGAGGUCAAGGCCAAGGGGUUUACCGCCAGGACGCCGGACGUGCUGCAGCAUUGGCAUGUGGUGGUCGGGAGGGGCGGGGUGGAUCUGCAUUCGAGGGGCGCGGCGCCGAUCGGGUUGGAGGUGACGACGGCGUCAUCGGCGGCCGAGGGGGGCAGCAGCGGCAGCGGCGGAGAUGCGCAGAAGAGCGAGCUGAAGCGGCGGCUGAGGGAGUACAUCCAGGCCAUCGUGGACGAGCCGCGGUUCGCGGAGCUGGUCACGCCGCCGCCGCAGCACACGGAGCUGCCGCGGCGGGUGCUGCGGAUCGUGCACGACUACGCGAACCGCUGCGACGCGCCGAUGGUGCGGCGCGCGCUGUCCAUCUACGCCAUGCACUUCGUCAUGACGCGGCACCUGUGCCUGACGCAGGCCAACAUCGCCGAGCUGCGGCCGACGGGGCUGGUGCCGCAGGGCGUGCCGUGGGUCACGCCGCGGGUGCUGAACCGGCAGAUCAAGGCGGUGCUGGACGAGAUGCUGUGCCGCGAGAUGGUGCAGCUGUUCGAGCACUUCGCCAAGGCGCUCAAGCCCAAGCUGCGGCGCGAGUGGGCGCCCUGCCUGGCCUCCUUCCUCGUGCUGUGCCUGUUCAUGGAGUCGGUCGAGACGGCGGCCGACAUGUACGUCAUGUCGGACAACGAGAUCAACCUGCGGCACCACUACGCGCCGGCCUGGAAGCGCUCCUUCGUGCUCGACGUCAACGCCCAGAUCGAGAACAUGCCCUUCAAGCAGUUCGCCUUCCAGUUCCACCAGAUCUACCAGACCCACUCGCGCGACGCCGCCGCCCGCAGCUUCAACCCGCUCGUCGACGACGCCUGCUUCGAGAUGGGCGAGCUGGACCGCGAGGCGGCCGACAUGGUGCGCCAGCUGAGAUGGUUCAUCAACGAGGACUGGCCCGAGCUGGACUACUUGACGGCGGACCCGAUCCUGCCCAACAUCGAGGACCACCCGUAUCCGCGGAACGUGGCCUACAACUACACCGGCCGGCUGCUUGCCAAGUUCUUGCUCUCGUUCACCGACGAGAAGUACAUUUUCGAUGGGAAGGCGUGA